AGGCUCAGCUGUACACGGUCACCAUCUUCAAUCGUAGAAGUUGUUUUUGUCAACACACCGAUUUCUCAAAACUAUUUGUUGAAACAGUUUGCAAGACUUCACAACAAGGACUUCUCAACAAUAUCUACUGAAAAAGAUAUCUAUCAUGGAACUCACUAUAACACUUUUGAAUGGGGACUCACAUCCCCUGACGGUUCAGCCACACACCACUCUGGGGUCGCUCAAGAGUCUGAUCAACCAACACUUUGGAGUGGCCAUGGAAAGGCAGAGGCUGUCAGGUGUCAAUGGGAACAACAUCAGUCUCAGCGAUGAUUCAAAAACUUUGAGUGACUAUGGCCUGCAUUCAGGAUCUAAAGUGAUGGUGCUGAUUACAGAACCCACUCACAUCCAGGUGUUCCUGAAAAACGAAAAGGGCCAGACGCACACAUAUGAGGUGGUGUCAGGUGAGACUGUAACCCAGUUCAAAGCCAAGGUCCAAAACAAGGAGGGAGUCCCAGCCAACCAACAGAGGCUGAUUCAUGAGGGCAAGCAGCUCGAUGAUGGCAAGAAACUGGAAGACUAUGGUGUCAGAAAUCUAAGCACUAUUCACCUGACGCUCCGUCUAAGGGGAGGCUGAAGACACCCAGUAUCGACCUGAAACCACAGGUCACCUGAAGCCCUUAACUUAUUAUGCAUUCCAUGUCUAUAGAGAAAAAGCUAUCUUGUCCAAAAAUGACCAGUGUUACUUUUGUAGUCAGUCGUAAACUUUUAAAUUAAGCAUGGCUGAUAUUGGCUUUUGUUGAAAUAAUGUAAAUGAGAUUGUAAUAAAGUAAUAACCAAGUAUAAAA